GGCAGAAGGACGCGGAGGGACCUUCACCGGCUGCCUCCGAGCCGCACGCACCAGCCGCCCCGAUGGCGUCCCGCAAGGCCCCCGCCGGGGCGGGCAGCGGGCUGGCGGCCGCCGGCCGGGACCGGGAGCGGGAACGGGCGCACCUGGAGCUCGCCGAGCUGGGGCCGCUCCUAGAGGAGAAGGGGGACCAAGGACCCACCGGCGCGGCCAGCGCUGAGGACCCACCAUGCCCGGCAGCCCGCGAGGAGGAGGAGGAGGUGGUGCGGGUGCUGACCCUGCCCCUGCAGGCUCACCAUGCCAUGGAGAAGAUGGAAGAAUUCGUGUACAAGGUGUGGGAAGGCCGCUGGCGCGUGAUCCCAUACGACGUCCUGCCUGACUGGCUCAAGGAUAACGAUUACCUCCUGCAUGGACACCGGCCCCCCAUGCCCUCCUUCCGUGCCUGCUUCCGGAGCAUCUUCCGGAUACACACUGAGACAGGCAACAUCUGGACACACCUGCUGGGCUUUGUUCUAUUCCUCUGCCUGGGGAUCCUGACCAUGCUGCGGCCAAACAUGUACUUUAUGGCUCCUCUCCAAGAGAAGGUGGUGUUUGGGAUGUUCUUCCUGGGAGCAGUGCUGUGCCUCAGCUUCUCCUGGCUUUUCCACACUGUCUACUGUCACUCGGAGAAGGUCUCGCGGACUUUCUCGAAGUUGGAUUAUUCAGGAAUUGCACUGCUGAUCAUGGGGAGCUUUGUCCCGUGGCUCUACUACUCCUUCUACUGCUCCCCACAGCCAAGACUCAUCUACCUCUCCAUCGUCUGUGUCUUGGGUAUCUCUGCCAUCAUUGUGGCACAGUGGGACCGAUUUGCCACCCCCAAGCACAGGCAGACCAGAGCAGGCGUGUUCCUGGGGCUGGGACUGAGCGGGGUUGUGCCCACCAUGCACUUCACCAUUGCCGAGGGCUUUGUGAAGGCCACCACGGUGGGGCAGAUGGGCUGGUUCUUCCUCAUGGCUGUGAUGUACAUUACGGGCGCUGGGCUCUACGCUGCCCGCAUCCCUGAGCGCUUCUUCCCGGGCAAGUUCGACAUCUGGUUCCAGUCUCAUCAGAUCUUCCACGUGCUGGUGGUGGCUGCAGCCUUUGUCCACUUCUAUGGGGUGUCCAACCUGCAGGAAUUCCGCUAUGGCCUGGAAGGGGGGUGCACAGACGACUCUCUCCUCUGAGAGCACCUGGUUUUAGUACAAGCUUCCUAAGUGCUUUUUAAACUCUUGUCUUUGCUAAAAUCAAAGGAAGACUCAAAACUGUUUGGGGUUGUUGGUUUGUUGGAUUUUUUUUUAAAGAAACAACAACAAAAGAAAUGGAAAAAUCCUUUAGCAAAGUUGUUGACCAAAUCCUCACCCCCUUCCCCACACACUGUGCUGGGGCUGCAGGGGUGUUCCCGACUCCUCCAAACAGUGUUUCAGCUGCACCGGGAUCACCUGCUGCUCCAACAGCACAGGGAACAACUCUGCUCCCGCACAGCCAAGCACACCCCGCUCCUCACACACUAGGAGUUUUGCAUAUCCCCUACAGCAAUGCCUGGCUGGGGCAGCCCCAGGAGCAGGCACACACUCAUGUAAUUUAAAAGUUUUAAUUGUCUUUUUUGUUUUGUUCUGUUUUCCUUGACAAAGUAAUGUAAACAUAAAUGAAAGAAUAUUUAAUAUUUAAUACUAAGCUUUAAGACAAUGCGCUGCCACCGCAGUCCUCAGCUCCCUCACUGUCGGGAGUAGGGAGGAAGGACAGUGUUGUCGGGAAUGUAGAGCUGCUGUAGCUGUUUGAAAUAAAAAGGUCAGUAGUUCAGUGUCA